AUGGGCGCUAACCAGUCACGACCGUCCGAUGCUGCUGUUAACGAGAAGCUGAUGGAGCGACUCCAGGCCCUCCACAUGAAAGAUGAACGACCCAUGAAUGAGAAGGAUGGAUUUGUAGUUGUUGGUGGAGAAUCCCCACCCAAGUACACGCCUGGCGUCAAGUACCAGCAGGAUGUCUCUGCAGCAACAGUGUCUGAAUGGGAGAAGGAGCUUAUGGAAGACCCAAAGAACCGUCUUGCCCUCGCAGCCCUCAGCUCCAACUCUGCCAACGCCGUGCUUUCGUCUCGAUCAGCUGUCAUCGCCGACACCCAGAAGUUCAACAUCAAGAUCCCUCUCGAGGGUUCGCCCGUCACAAACCAAGCCUCGUCCGGAAGAUGCUGGCUCUUCGCAUCCACCAACGUCUUCCGUGUCGCCAUCAUGAAGAAGUACAAGCUGUCAGAGUUCCAGCUCUCCCAGUCGUACCUCUUCUACUGGGACAAGAUCGAGAAGGCAAACUACUUCCUCGAAAGCAUACUGGAUACAAAGGAUGAGGAGAUUGACAGUCGCAUCAUACAGGCACUGAUGGCUAGCCCCGUCGGUGAUGGUGGACAAUGGGAUAUGGUGGCCAACCUCGUACAAAAGUAUGGUCUCGUGCCGCAUUCGUUGUACCCAGACUCCUACAACGCAACCAGCUCAUCGACUAUGGACCGUCUGAUUACCACCAAGCUGCGCGAAGAUGCAGUCCGUCUACGUUCUAUUGCCCGCAGCAACGCUACACCAGAUGCCAUCAAGGCGACCAUCGCUGGAGAGAAGGAAAAGAUGCUUCGUGAGAUCCACUUGAUUCUGACACUGAUGCUUGGUCCCCCACCAUGCUCCACCAAGCUUUUCACCUGGGAGUACUACGACAAGGACGGCAAGUUCUGCACUGUCCGUACGCGACCCACUGCUUUUGCAAAUGAGCUCUCCGACAACAAAACCGUACGAGCAUUGUCUGGAACUGACGUCCACUCACUCUUCUCGCUCGUGAAUGACCCUCGCAACCCCUACAACCGUCUGCUUAGCGUGAAGCGACUGGGCAACGUCUGGAACGGCCGACCAGUGACCUACGUAAAUGUCGACAUGAAGACAAUCAAAGACGCCUGCAUCACUAUGCUGAAGCGUGGCAUGCCUGUGUUCUUCGGCUCAGACGUGGGCAAGUAUUCCGAUUCUACCAAGGGCAUCAUGGACACGGAUCUCUUCGAGUAUGAGCUGGGCUUUAACAUCAAGCUUGGCAUGUCCAAGGCGGAACGCCUACAAACUGGCGAGAGCCAGAUGACGCAUGCUAUGGUCCUGACGGCUGUGCAUGUCGUUGAUGGCAAGCCUGUACGCUGGAGGGUAGAGAACUCGUGGAGCGAGCGUGCGGGCGACAAAGGCUACUUUGUCAUGAGUGAUGCUUGGAUGGAUGAGUUCGUGUACCAGGCGGUCGUUGAUCCUAGCGUUGUCAGUUCGUCGGUCAAGAAGGUACUGGAGCAGAAGCCGAGGAUGCUAGAGCUGUGGGACCCAAUGGGUGCGUUGGCUUGA